AUGUACAUCUACCAUCAUUGUCUUGCUUACCAGCUCCAUGACGCAGUUCAGCAAGUUACUACUGACUCACAAGCAAUUGCAGACUGGGCUCGGUCUCACGGCUUAAUGAUUAACUUUACUAAAACUACAGCGAUGAUCUGGGGAUCAAAUGACAAGUUGAAACAACUUCAGUCCCUGGAGGUUCCUCCUAUUCUAGUUGAUUAUCCAGUAAUCCCCUACGUAAAUUCUACAAAGUGUUUGGGACUUAUUAUUGAUCAAAACUUAUCCUGGAAUAGCCACAUUUUACAGACAACCAGAAUACAUUUAAAAUAUAAACUUCUACUAAGCAGUGAUAAGAUGAUUGAUAAGACGUGGAUUAAUGUUGUAGAAGUUGAAAAUGAAAUCGGCAAACAUAUUUUUGGUAACAUCUAUCGAUCACCAAAUAGCAAUAUUAAGGCAUUUUGUGAUAAGUUCAUUGAUUAUGCGAGUAAAAUUGGAGAUGUAGGCAAAUUAGUUCUCGUUGGUGAUUUCAAUAUUGACGAUACACACAGAUAA